AUGACAAAGCCUCAGGAGGGCCCUUCACGUCACAAGCUCCGCGAAGCGAUAAGACUUCUAAACCUGGCAAUCAAGAACUUCGGAGUAGAUGAAUUCGCCCCGGAACACUUGACGCGUCUCAAUAUCCGAGUCGUGCCCAUCGGCCUCGAUGAAGAUGCCCUUCACAAACCAUGCUAUUUUGCUCCCUACCACGGCCAUCUACUCCCAGAACUCAACGAAGAAACUCUCGGAGACUCCUACAACGGCAUGGAUGACUACGAAGCGUGCUUCACCUGCCCAAGAGAUCGUGCAUACGCGAUGAACAUCGUGGGCGACUACCCAUUCCGAGGCUUAGACAGGCUCGACCAGCCCGAGUUCGGAUGCUGGAACAUCACGAAUCUGGACGGGCCUGCCCACGCGCAUGUCAAGGCCGUGCUAUACAACAACAUGGUCGCCCAGGAAUCGACCCUCCUCUACGGCGAGUUGCUGCCGAGGCUGCGGAUCAUGUUGUACCAGCUGUGGAAGAAGCGAUUCGCUCAUCAGAUGGUUUCUCCAGCUCGCGUCAUCGAAGCGUGUUUCCAGGAUCAGGUGCUGGUGUUGCGGUCGACCAAGUUAUAUGAUUUCACUUUCACGCAUGGCAACGACGCGGCUAUAAAAAUGUUUACUCGUGCGUUCAUCGGGACUCGCUACCGUUACGAUUCUCCCCCCUCCCGUGAUGAAAACAUUACAACCAUCAUGGCUCUUUCCUAG